UUAAAACUAAUUUUUAGAAAAUAAACGAAAAUGGAUCAGAACUUGCACAGUCUGUCGCAGACCAUGUCCGUGGAGGCCAUCGCGGCCAUCAAGGCCAAGCGCCUGGCCAUGAAAAGCGGCCAGGUGGACGAUGAACAACGCAACUCCAGGCGCUUGCUGCGGGAACAGCAGCGCCAGGAGGACGAGAAGCAGGCAGAGGUGUGCCGGCGGGCCAGGGAGCGGGAGCGCCAACAUCGCAACCGCGAAGAGCAGCUGCUGGGCGAGAAGGAGCUGCCGGGCGUCCUCCGCAUCCUGGCCAGUGUCUACGACUCGCACAAGCGUCGCCUGAAGUCGAAGGAGAGGCCACCAAAGGUGCCGGAUGUGGAUCUCUCGCUUCCGAUGCCUGGUAAGCUGCGGGAAGUGCCUGUGGUGCCACCGCAACUGGAGCCCUCAGACCCCAAGGCCUCGUCUUCCAAGUACAAUCGCUAUGGCCAAGAGCGUUUCAACCGGAACAAGCCAGAGUUCGGUAUCGAUCCUUUGGGCAGCAACCUCAAGGCCAAUCAUGCCCAGAACCAGGGGAGGUCGGAUCCCAAGAAACGUCGCUCUCGGAAACCCAUAAUCGUGGUGCCGGCGGCCGUGAAGAGCCUGGUGACCUUGCACAACGUCAAGCAACUCCUGCAGGAUAUGCGCUAUGUGCCCGUAGAGCAACUCCGUCAAUCGGGUGUCCAGCCCAGCGACGAAGUAAUCAUAGAGAGGAAGGUUCAGGGUCAAGUCGUGCGCUAUCGGGUGAUCGACAAUGUCUCCCGGCUGACCAACGAGGAGUGGGAGCGAGUGGCCGCCGUGUUCGCCCUGGGCCCCCACUGGCAGUUCAAGGGCUGGCCGCAGCGAGGGGAUCCUGCCAAUAUAUUCCAUCGCGUCUGCGCCUUUCACCUGCACUUCAAGAACUCGCCGGUGGCCCGGGAGCUGCACAACCUGCAGGUGCACAUCCUCAGCCUGCCGCAGCACGAGCGGCACCUGGACUGCGGCAUCCUGAUGGAGUUCUGGAACAAGCUGGACCAGCACAUCGCCCUGCAUCCCCGCCAGUUUGCAUUCAUGAAAUCGAAUUAGAAACUGGAAUCAAACAGGCCGCCUCCAGCAAAUAGCAGAUAAGCGGGAAAAUCAAUAAAUAAAAUUGAAUAAGCUCGAACAAAGGACGAAAAACGCACUCAUGGUGGUGGAUUGUGGGGUGGCUGUAUCCUUCGAUAAUAAAAAGCGAACGGGCGCAUCAAAAAAAUAUAUCACGUAUGUAUAAACGUCAUAUAAGAACGCUGCGAAAACUGCAAACUUGGCAAGAAAAUUAAGAGCACAAACAAGUCCGCGAGGGGCGGCAGAAGGAGUGGUGGCUUGGCACGCGUGAGACAAAAGCUAAAUGACACACAAAGGAGCAGUUGGCAGGAUGUGUGUGGGUGUAGGUGGGUGGCUUUCUCGACUUAUGUAAGUCACUGUGCGCCCCACAAAACGUAAAACUGUCAACGAGUUUCUCAGAGUGAUGGAAAAUGGGACUCCCUGGGAGGGUGAGAGGGGAAAAACCAAUAUUAAGGACAAAGGACUCACUAAGAAAAAGCGGCAAGAGCAAUAAAAAUCACUGGGGAAAAAGUCAAUUUUUACACACACACCGAGGCACACACAUGUGUAUUUAAAUGAAAUGCCUGCCAUUGGGAAAAAGGAUAUGAAGCAAUUGUCAGGCGAUAAAAUCUGCUGGAGGUAAAGCACUAAGCGAUUUAACAGUGGGACUUGAAAAUA